CCUUCUCGCUUGCCGUAGAUGUCAGCUCGCUGCGGGCCAAACUCCAAGAUGCCCGCCGUCGACUUCUUUUUCCUACCGCUGCUCUAAACGUGGAAGUGGGGCGAAAAAUGUCGCUCGGCGGAGAAGGCAGCCGGGGCUUCUACUUCAACACCGUCUUGUCCCUGGCUCGCUCGCUGGCGGCUCAUCGGCAAGCGCCGCUCGACAAGGUGCAGAAGUUGCAAUGCAUGUGUCCCGUGGAUGUGAGAGGAGUGUUUCAGCUGGAUGAGAGGCGGCGUGAUGCUGUGGUCGCUCUGGGCAUCUUCUUGGUGGAGUCCAACCUGCAGCACAAGGAUGCAGUUGUUCCGUACCUUCUCGGACUUCUCAGGGGACUUCCUCGAGUUCAGUGGAUUGAGGAGAGCUCGGAACGCAAAGGACGAGUAAUACUUCCUGUUGCGGAAAACUUCACCUUCUGUCUGGUGACGCUCCUGUCGGACGUCGCCCAACGUGAUGAAUCUAUGCGUGAACAGAUUCUGGAGGCCAUUAUGGAUGUCAUGCAGCUCCUGCAGGAGGUCUGCAAGGAUCCUGACUCUCAUGAUAAAGAGUACCUGUGUCGCUACACGGUUCCUACCCUGCUGGGCGUGGCCAGAGCUUUCGGCAGAUACAGCAACACAGACGAGCCGCUGCUGUCCAAGCUCUUCCCUCGGCCGGUGGCUCCGCCUCUGGCCUCUGUGGACGACGGCGACGUGGCACGCCGGCGCUCCUUCAACGACUUCCGCUCCAUCCUGCCCAGCUCCUUCCUCACCGUGUGCCAGGCGGACACGCUGAGGCGUAAGAGCUCCUCCGUGUCAUCCGUGUCUCAGCAGGCCAGUCCGGAGAGGACGGGGCUAACACCGAGCUCCCCCGCUGAUCCCUCAACACCUUACUUUGAAGGCUCCUACCUUCCUGACGGCAGCUCAGUGGACCCCAACUAUUACUUCUCCACUAUCAGCUCCAGCUUCUCGGUGUCGCCGCUCUUCACCGGCAGCAGCUGUGGAGAGUUCCGCGUCCCUCUGGACAUGCUGAGACAACUUCUCCAAAUGGGCGAACAAGUUGUGUCAGAAUCCUUUUUAAAGUCACUGGAUGAAACCUUGGCAGAACUGAUAGAGCUAAGUCCUGGUCUUCAUCUGUACUACAAAACCUUCAGUGACACCCUGUACGUGGCCAUAUUUAAAAUGCUCAGAGACACCCUGUACAACCUGAAAGACCUUCAGACGGACUUUGUCAAGGAGGUGCACGACUUUGUGCUGGAGCAGUUCAGCAGCAGCCAGUCGGAGCUGCAGAGGAUCCUGCAUGACGUGGAGUACCUGCAGAGCGAGCUGAGCCCGCUCAAACUUCGCUGCCAGGCCAACGCCGCCUGCGUUGACCUCAUGGUGUGGGCUGUCACCGAGGAGCAGGGAGCUGAGAACCUUUGCAGCAAACUGUCAGAGAAGCUGCAGUCCAAAACCUCCAGUAAAGUCAUCAUCGCUCACAUGCCCCUCCUCAUCUGCUGCCUUCAGGGCUUAGGUCGCCUGUGUGAGCGCUUCCCGGUGGUGGCCCACUCCGUAACCACGUCGCUGAGAGACUUCCUGGUGGUGCCCUCUCCAGUCCUGGUCAAGCUAUACAAAUACCACAGCCACUCCGCACCAGUGAGCGGUGAGAUAAAGAUCCACGUGACCAACGAGCACUCCCAGUCCACCCUCAACACCAACCCCAACAAGAAGAGCCAGCCCUCCAUGUAUGAACAGCUGAGGGACAUCUCCAUAGAUAACAUCUGCAGGUGUCUAAAGGCGGGGCUGACUAUGGAUAACGUCAUCGUGGAAGCUUUCCUCGCGAGUCUGUCCAAUCGGCUCUACAUCUCACAGGAAAAUGACAAGGACGCUCACUUGAUCCCGGACCACACCAUUCGGGCGCUGGGUCACAUCGCCGUGGCCCUGCGAGACACCCCGAGAGUGAUGGAGCCCAUCCUGCAGAUCCUGCAGCAGAAGUUCUGCCAGCCUCCAUCUCAACUGGACGUGCUUAUCGUGGACCAGCUGGGCUGCAUGGUCAUCACGGGCAACCAAUACAUCUACCAGGAAGUGUGGAAUUUAUUCCAGCAGAUCAGCGUGAAGGCCAGCUCCAUGGUCUACUCCACCAAGGACUACAAGGACCACGGCUACAGACACUGCUCACUGGCAGUCAUCAACGCUCUGGGCAACAUCGCAGCCAACCUGCAGUCCGAGCAGAUGGUGGACGAGCUGCUGGUCAACCUGCUGGAGCUCUUUGUCCAGCUGGGCCUGGAGGGGAAGAGGGCCAGCGAGCGGGCGGCAGACAAAGGCCCGGCUCUGAAGGCAUCGAGCAGUGCUGGCAACCUCGGGGUUCUCAUUCCUGUCAUUGCAGUGCUGACUAAAAGGUUGCCGCCCAUCAAGGAGGCCAAACCUCGCCUGCAGAAGCUCUUCAGGGACUUCUGGCUCUACUCGGUGGUGAUGGGCUUCGCAGUGGAAGGCUCAGGUCUGUGGCCCGAGGAAUGGUACGAGGGCGUUUGCGAGAUCGCCACCAAAUCUCCUCUGCUGACUUUUCCGAGCGGCGAGCCCCUGCGGUCCGAGCUGCAGUACAACUCGGCCCUGAAGAACGACACAGUCACGCCGGCGGAGCUCAACGACCUCCGCAGCACCAUCAUCAACCUGCUGGACCCGCUUCCAGAGGGCGCCGCGCUCAUCAACAAACUGGACUUCGCCAUGUCCACGUAUUUGCUGUCCGUCUACAGACUAGAGUACAUGAGGAUGCUGCGUGCCCUGGACUCGGAUCGUUUUCAGGUCAUGUUUCGGUACUUUGAAGACCGAGCCAUCCAGAAAGACAAAUCUGGCAUGAUGCAGUGUGUGAUCGCUGUCAGCGACAAGGUCUUUGAGGUCUUCCUGCAGAUGAUGAUAGAGAAAGCAAAAACCAAAGCCCACGAGGAGGAGCUGGAACGCCACGCUCAGUUCCUGUUGGUCAACUUCAAUCACAUCCACAAGAGGAUCCGCAGAGUGGCUGAUAAAUAUUUGUCUGGCUUGGCAGAAACCUUCCCUCACUUGCUGUGGAGCGGCCGCGUGCUGAAGACCAUGUUGGACAUCCUGCAGACGCUGUCGCUCUCGCUCAGCGCAGACAUCCACAAAGACCAACCUUACUACGACAUUCCCGACACUCCUUACAGGAUAACAGUCCCUGAUACCUACGAAGCCAGAGAGAGCAUAGUGAAGGACUUUGCCGCUCGCUGUGGAGAAAUCCUCAAGGAGGCCAUGAAAUGGGCUCCGUCCGUAACCAAAUCCCACCUCCAGGAGUAUCUGAACAAACACCAGAACUGGGUGUCGGGUCUCUCGCAGCACACGGGCCUGGCCAUGGCCACAGAGAGCAUCUUGCACUUUGCCGGCUACAACCGACAGAGCACCACGCUGGGGUCCACUCAGUUGACCGAGAGGCCCACCUGCGUGAAGAAGGACUACUCCAACUUCAUGGCCUCCCUCAACUUGAGGAACAGAUAUGCUGGAGAGGUGUCAGGCAUGAUCCACUUUGCCCAGGCGGUGCGGGGGCAGUCGGACUUGGUCCGGCUGAUGAUCAAGCAGAUGGGAGAGGCUUUGGACUCGGCCCAGGCCGAGGGCUUCACCGAGGCCAUGUUCAAACUGGCCGCAUUGCUCAUCAGCACUAAAGAGUGCGACCCCCAGCUGCUGCACCACCUCUGCUGGUCGCCUCUCAAGAUGUUCACGGAGCACGGCAUGGAGACGGCCAUCGCCUGCUGGGAAUGGCUGCUGGCCGCACGCGCUGGCAUGGAAGUGCCGUUCAUGCGGGAGAUGGCGGGAGCGUGGCAGAUGACAGUGGAGCUCAAAAUGGGCUUGUUUUCUGACGCCCACCAAGAGGCGGACCCCCUGGCGGCGUCUGAAGAGAGUCAGCCCAUCCCCUGCCCUCCGGACGUCACCCCUCACCACAUCUGGAUCGAGUUUCUGGUGCAGAGGUUUGAGAUCGCCAAGUACUCCAGCGCAGACCAGGUAGAGAUCUUUUGCAGUUUGCUACAGCGCUCGCUGUCCCUCAACGUGGGCGGGGCCAAGAGUAGCUUCAAUCGCCACGUCGCCGCCAUCGGAUCUCGUUUCAGGCUGCUGACGCUAGGUCUCGCUCUUCUCCACUCUGAUGUCAUCAUCAACGCCACUAUAAGGAACGUGCUCAGAGAGAAGAUCUACUCCACAGCCUUUGAUUACUUCAGCGUGUCUCCAAAAUUCCCCACCCAAGGUGACAAGCGUCUGCGCGAGGACAUCAGCAUCAUGAUCCGCUUCUACGCCAGCAUCCUGUCGGACAAGAAGUACUUGGCAGCGUGCCACCUGGUCCCCCCCGGUGAGCUUGGUACCACCUCGACUCCGAGCACCCUCUCAGCCGGGAUAUUUGGAUCGCUUAUCGUGUCCAGCACCUCUCCAAUAUCGAUCUUAAACAACCAGGACCCGUCCUUGAACAGUCUGUCCGUGAUGAACGCCGCCGACAUGCGGAGCAACGUGGACUCCAGCACUCGCUCCCAGCAGAGCGGCCAGGGAUGGAUCAACACCUACCCGCUGUCCAGUGGCAUGUCCACCGCGUCCAAGAAAUCGGGCGUGUCCAAGAAGAGCAACAGAGGGACACAGCUCCACAAAUACUACAUGAAGCGCAGGACUCUCUUGUUGGCGCUGCUGGCGAGCGAAAUCGAGCGCCUGACCACAUGGUACAACCCGCUGUCCACCCAGGAGCUGGCCAUCGCCAUGGAGCAGUCUGUGGAGACCAGCAUCGCCAACUGGAGGUCCAAGUACAUCAGCCUGACGGAGAAACAGUGGAAGGACAAUGUCAACCUGGCCUGGAACAUCGCACCUUACCUCGCCAUGCAAAUGCCAAGCAGGUUCAAGAACGACGCCAUCAUCGCUGAAGUGACCAGGCUGGUGCGAUUGGACCCCGGAGCCGUUAGCGACGUUCCAGAAGCCGUGAAGUUCCUGGUGACGUGGCACACCAUCGAUGCCGACUCUCCAGAACUGAGCCACAUCCUGUGUUGGGCCCCAGCAGACCCGCCCACCGGCCUGUCUUACUUCAGCAGCAUGUACCCGCCUCACCCUCUCACUGCUCAGUACGGCGUGAAGGUUCUACGCUCCUUCCCUCCGGACGCCAUCUUGUUCUACAUCCCUCAGAUUGUGCAAGCCCUGCGCUUCGAUAAGAUGGGCUAUGUCAGAGAGUACAUCCUGUGGGCCGCCCAGAAGUCCCAGCUCCUCGCCCACCAGUUCAUCUGGAACAUGAAGACCAACAUCUUCAUGGACGAGGAGGGACACCAGAAAGACCCUGACAUCGGGGAGCUGCUGGAGCAGAUGGUGGAGGAGAUCACAGGAUCUCUGUCGGGCCCGGCCAAGGACUUCUACCAGCGAGAGUUUGACUUUUUCAACAAGAUCACCAACGUGUCGGCCAUCAUCAAGCCGGUCCCUAAAGGGGAGGAGAGGAAGCGAGCUUGCCUGAAGGCUCUAUCAGACAUCAAAGUUCAGCCAGGUUGUUACCUGCCCAGUAACCCCGAGGCCAUAGUCCUGGACAUUGACUACAAGUCUGGCACCCCCAUGCAGAGUGCCGCCAAGGCACCCUACCUCGCCAAGUUCAAGGUGAAGCGCUGCGGCGUGAGCGAGCUGGAGAGGGAGGGACUACGCUGCCCUUCCGACUCCGUGGACGACGGCGAGGAGAAUCCCGACGGGUCGCGCAGGAUCUGCUGGCAGGCGGCCAUCUUUAAAGUGGGAGACGACUGUCGGCAGGACAUGCUGGCGCUGCAGAUCAUUGGACUCUUCAAGAACAUCUUCCAGCUGGUGGGUCUGGAUCUGUUUGUCUUCCCAUACCGCGUGGUGGCCACGGCUCCUGGGUGCGGCGUGAUCGAGUGCAUCCCAGACUGCAAGUCCCGGGACCAACUAGGACGGCAGACGGACUUUGGCAUGUACGACUACUUCCGAAACCAGUAUGGCGACGAAUCCACACUCGCCUUCCAGAAGGCUCGCUACAACUUCAUCCGCAGCAUGGCGGCGUACAGCCUCCUGCUCUUCCUGCUGCAGAUUAAAGACCGACACAACGGCAACAUCAUGCUGGACAGCAAAGGACACCUCAUCCACAUUGACUUUGGCUUCAUGUUCGAGAGCUCCCCCGGCGGCAACCUGGGCUGGGAGCCCGACAUCAAGCUGACGGACGAGAUGGUGAUGAUCAUGGGAGGCAAGAUGGAGGCCACGCCCUUCAAGUGGUUCAUGGAAAUGUGCGUCAGGGGAUAUCUGGCCGUACGGCCCUACAUGGAUGCUGUGGUCUCAUUGGUCACCCUCAUGCUGGACACGGGUCUGCCCUGUUUCCGAGGACAAACCAUCAAACUCCUCAAAGGAAGGUUUAACCCCCAGAUGAGCGAGAAAGAAGCCGCAGCGUUCAUCAUCAAGGUGAUCCAAAGCUGCUUCCUCAGUAGCAGGAGCAAGACGUACGACAUGCUGCAAUAUUACCAGAACCAAAUUCCCUACUGAGGCUCUCCUGCUGUAACGAGUCGAGUACGGACGCUGAUCCCAGACAAGAUGCUGUCCCUCCGAGAGCAAUAACUCCGGUUUUAUCCAACACUUUUACCUAAAGAGCUCUUUGAAAUUGCCCUUUAAGAGCCAUAUUUACACUCUUUGUGUCAUCAUCAUGCUGCUCUUCACUUCCAGUGCACUUUAUUUCUGUCAGUAUUGUCACCUCACAUCAGAGACCAGGCCGUUAGUGCGGGAUUCAAACUCUCUGCAGUGUUUUUCUACGUGUGAAGCAACGUCACCGUGGACUGAAAGAGAAGGAGCGGGAGGAAACUUUGGACGUGGCGACAAGAACAAAUCAUCAAACAUGUUCUUGCGCGAGGUAACAGUGUUAGUUUACAUUCCACCGGCAGCGGGGUGCAUUCUGGGAAGAACCUCCACUUAAAGGAACGAGAACGGUUUUAGGAACCAUUUUGUUGUAAAUGUCGCAAAGCAUCGUGGGAGUGUAAGGGGAAAAGACAAAGGCGAGAGUUGCAUAUCUGCAUGGCACACAAGUCCUACACGUCGUCGGUGUGCGCAAACCUGUUUGGAAACAUUCCUCGUGUGUGUCAUGUGACCUCGCUGUGACCUAAAAAGCCAUUUCUGCAAAAAUAUAUAUGCAAUAUUCCCACGUACUGAUGCUGUAUUGGUGUGUUCCCCUUGACUCCAGUGUUCUCGUGUUAUGAUUUCAAACUUGAAGGGGCUUUUAUUGUGUGACGGUGAAUUCUUCACACCCCUCAAGGUCACUUUUAAUGUAAUGCAAACACAUCGUUAAAGGUUCGAUUUGGUAGGCAAAUUCCAGCCAGUAGGGGGAGUACAUUAGCAUAAAGGCCUUUAAAGCAUGAUUGUGAAACCAUACCAACGUCCCAAUUUGGUGAACACCAUUGUCUCACUGUCGCCUCUGGAGGCAGGAAAAGGCACUACAUGACAGGCGUUAGCCGUUAGCAUGUGCAGGCUUUGACAAAUUGCACCUUUAACCACAGAGAAUAAGUUUGUCAAUGUUUGUGUUUGUACGUUUCAUCAGAGUCAAACGUAUGGAUUUUUAAUGGUUUGGCUCGUUAUACCGUCAGCAGCAUUAAUGCUGAUUUCAAAAUAAAAGCCGAACGUGAGUCAACCAAA